AUGCCCAUUGUCCGAUUUGCAGAGAUGAAGAAAAAGUCAACAGAUAAAGAUACAGCUACGACGCUAUUGGCAUCGAAGGGAAAGAUAUAUGUCGACCAUUUGCUUCUUCAGGCAGAGCAGCGCGCAGAGAUUUGCAAGAUUUAUGAGUCUUCCGGAGCAAUUAGCAUUAAGUAUUCUGCUGAUGACCCUACUUCACAAGCUGCUGCACACUUGAAACUUGUGGAACUUGAAUUAGAUAAUAAAUCGCGAGAAGCUCUUGAGAGCCGAUGGAGCAUUCGGUGGUCGACUAAUUGGUCCAUAACCAAGGGUAAUGAUGAAUGGAAGCGCACUUUAUUUCAAUAUAUCUGCGGGUACGACAGUCAUGCACGACAAAAACGAGAUGACUUGCAAGACAACAGUUACAUUAAAGACUCGAAGCCUUGGCAGCGGCAUGUCCCUUAUCCACAAACAGGGUGCAUUGCCCAUGUUGAAAUCACUGAGUGUGUGGGUGAUGGAUGCAUUACACGGAUUGCCGGUAUUACAACCCAUAAUGAAGCAUGUAUGAAUUCAACUCUCGAGCGAAUUCCGACUAUUCCACUACAUGAACACGUCUAUGAAGUUGCACUCGAGCAGCUGGAAAAUGGUGCCAGUCUAACUGCUGUUCAAGAGCGGAACCAACAGAUGGUUGGUUCAAAAUCAUACCGGGGAAUGAGGGAGUGGAAUCCAAAGACCGCCAAUGUACGAUACAUUAUCCUCUCUUCCGACAAUACCACCCUCUACUGGAAGCUGAAUCGGCGAACACUGAAUGUUGAUACGACGGAGCUUCCAGAGUAUAAUAUAGAUAAUUGGUUGGAUCCGAAAUCGAGGGAUUAUAAUCCGACACUUGCAAAUGCGGUUUUUUACUACAGCGCGCGGGCAAACACCGAUGAACGAUUCAAGAUCUGUAUUUCAACAAAAGAGAUGGAUGAAGCUUCUCGCAUGUAUGCUCAUCAUUCUCAACUCAUUCUCGAUGGGACUUUUGGUGUAUGCAGCUCCCGCCUCCUGCUGUUCAUCGCUAUGGCCAUCGAUGAGGAUCGGAAAGGUGUUCCGAUUGCUUUCUUUCUGUUCUCCGCGCCAACAGGAAAUCGAGCAACUCAAGCUGGAUACAACACCGAAAUCCUACGAGAGUUAUUGAAUACCUGGAAGAUUCAUUUGGUGAAAAAAUAUGGCGUGUUUGAUCCAUAUACCUGCAUUACAGACACAGAUACCAAAGAACGUGGGGCCCUCAUUCAGUGCUGGACGAACCAUCGGAAGAAGAUACUGGUUGGUAGUCAGGGAGACUAUUGGAAAAAUCAUGUGCGAGAACGUCUGCAGGAGCUCGAGGUACUUCUUAUAGCAUCUGUUGAACAUGCAGUAGCCAGGAAUCAUCUAUCCCAAGUCAGAGUCUAUUUCACGGAGUUAUCAACCAACCCAGCAGCAAAGGUAGCUUCCAAGGGUGGGGUAUUACACCUUGACUACCUUGAUAAAUACUGGAUGCCAGUUCCUAUGUGGCAGAGUCGGUCCGAGUGUGGACGCAUUGCUGCAUCUACCCUUCUGAAAGUACCGGUGGAAGGCGUUAUUCCUACCACAAAUCACUUAGAAUCCUUCAAUGCAAUUCUGAAGCGCAAGAACCACCGUAUAUGGGUUAGUGAACGUUUUAAAGAAGCUGCAGGAGGCUUGGACUUGCGGGUGCUUCAAGAGAAGAUUCAGGCUGAGCGGAAAGACCUAGAGAAUAAGGCGAGGCGAGUUUGUUGGUGGGAGGAUGACCCGAAACGUCAAGCACUUGGUGGAACUUUGGUGUCAAGUAUCGGGGAACAUGUAUUCCAGGGCACAGAUGAUGGUGAACGCUUCUACACCUGUCAAUGCCCUUCAUCUCGCAAUCCAGCUCAGGACUACACUGUAACACUGCAUCGUCUGGGACGUGGUUCAUGUAAUUGCUUUGAUUUUCAAGAACGAGGUGGAGCUUGCAAACACUUGUGGGCACUGCAACAAUGUGUUGAUUACUACGUUUCCACGCUCCGCAUCGAGACACCAUUUAAUUAUCCUGUCACUCUGAAAGCUGCACAGGAGAUCUCAAGUGCGACUGGCACCCAACCAAACCCCUGCAUUUGUGAAUCAUCUGUCCCUGCCAUCGACUGGAAAGCGGUACAAAUGUUUGGGCAGGAUUGUACUAGUUUGGGUGGGGAUCUGGAUGAAGGAGAACUUGAGGAUGAAGAUGAAAUCAGCCUUACUGUAGAAGAAACCCCGGAAUCAAAUACUCUUGGUAAUACUCAGACGGCUAUUGAUAUUCAGAAACAGCAUCGUCUUGAGCACAAUGUGUCCCGAAUCCUACUGAGCCUGUAUGGUAUUGAGAACCUCCUUUCUGACAAUUCCCCUCUUCCAAUCAACCCCGUCGUCAAAGAAUUUGAACAAGUCCUCAAAAAUACGUUAGCUAAAAUAGCAGAGCUGCAUAUGCAACCAAUAGACCGAAUGGACCAUCCUCAAACAACAAUCUCCGAAAGUAAGGUGGCCAACCAAAUCUCUCGAAAAAGAAAAGACCGGAAAGAUCUCAGGCCACCGUCUCCUGAAGCCGGGCAGAAGCGCAAGACCUCGCACGGAACUAUGUAG